UACAGACAACACACAAACAAACACACAGCAGACACACUCACACACAUACGCCGAUCACGUACACAUAGAGUGAUUCAAAACGCAGCCCGAUUGGUACCGCUUGAUCGCGCGCGAACGUAUCUUCCCGGUGUCACCGAAGACGAUUGUCGAUUACCGAUCAUCGUUAGGAAGUUACGCAUACGAUCGCGAACUUGAUCCGAGUUCGCAGAACGGAUCGGUAAGCAUGAUGGAUUCGGUGCCGGUGACGGCGUCGGGGUCGAUGACUCCGUCGCAGCAACAGCAACAGCAGGCACAGAAGAAAGGAGUCUCGUUCGAGUUCUCCACUUCGCCAGAUCUGGAGACCGGAUUCGAGCCGCAGACCCGCGCGCGAUCGAAUACAUGGCCGUUACCCCGACCAGAAGGAUACGUGGAGGGUAACGCGCCAACCGCGAAGGAAGGCGCCGAAGGUGGCACGCCGCCCCAUCAGGCGCAGCUCGCCCAGGGUCUGCUGCCGGUGAAGAAGAACUCGUCAAGGAGGAACGCCUGGGGGAACCUGAGCUACGCCGACCUCAUCACCCAGGCGAUCACCAGCGCGCCCGACCAGCGGCUCACCCUCUCGCAGAUCUACGAGUGGAUGGUCCAGAACGUCUCCUACUUCAAGGACAAGGGUGACAACAAUAGCAGCGCCGGUUGGAAGAAUUCUAUACGUCACAACUUGUCGCUGCACAGUAGGUUCAUGCGGGUACAGAACGAAGGAACCGGCAAAAGUUCCUGGUGGAUGAUCAAUCGCGACGCCAAGCCGGGUAAAUCCGCCCGUCGCAGAGCUACUACUAUGGAGAGCACUGGCAGUCUAGAGAAACGACGUGGCCGCUCGAAGAAGAUCGCCGAGGCUCUGAGGAACGGCGGACUGCUGGCCGAGCCCACGUCCAGUCCCAGUAGCAGCGUCGGAGAAGGUCUGGACCUGUUUCCGGAUAGUCCCCUGCCACCUGCCAGCGGAUUCCAGCUUUCCUCUGACUUCCGUCCUCGCGCCUCGAGUAACGCUUCCUCCUGUGGCCGAUUGAGUCCUAUCCCAGCAGUUCUCGGGGAACCAGAUUGGACACCGACCUAUGCGUCUUCUUAUAGUCCGGAUCAACAAUUAGCAGAUACGAUCCUAGCAGGCAACCUGGCCGAGACAAUGAAACUAGAACCUUACCAAAUAUACCAGACAUCACCGCCGGCCGGUCACCAACAGCAAACGGGCCCGCCGCCACCUUACUACGAAGCGCAGUAUCAGAGGAAUAACGGCCUACGCACUUCGUCAUCCGCAUCUUAUGGCCUGCCACCUACUCCGCAAUCGGCCAAUCAGCAACGAUGUCCGAUUCACGGUCUGCAGCCGUGCGCCUGUCAGAUGAACUUGAGUCCCGGCAUGUCACCGUCCGGUAUGUCACCGUCGUAUCAACAGAGCGAGCCCAGUCCUACGGCACUGAGCAGCAAUCAACAGCAAACGCUGCAAUACAUGAUUCAGACGCAACAGCGUCAACAGCAACAACAGCAGCAGCAACAGCAACAACAACAACCGCCACAUCAGCCACAGCAUCAGCCAGCACAAACUGGACCAGCUGGUCCCAGCCCACCUAACACGCCGACACCCUGUCCCGCCACAGCCAGCACCAUGAUGGGCCAGCUGAUGGGUGCGCUCAAUCAUUCCGCCCUCGAUGACCUUAACAUCAACAUCGAGGCAAUGCACGGCGGGUUCGACUGCAAUGUUGAGGAAGUAAUUAGGCAUGAAUUGUCGAUGGGUGGCACGCUGGAUUUUAACUUCCAGCAGGGAGUGAUGGGCACCGUGCAGGUCAGUGACGGCAACGUCGUUGGGCAGAAUGGCGGAGUCGUUUCCCAGAACACAGGCGUCGUCAUCGGCACAACGACCGGCAACGCGCCGGGCGUCUACGUAAGCACGAAUGCGGCAACCCCCGCCGCUACCCCUUCGUGGGUUCACUAGCAGUUAACCCCCCUGCCCUCGACACCCCCGUCGUCCUUGCCGAUGUCGAUGUUGUCCGACGGAUCGCUGGAUAACUUCUGUGGGACGACCGAAGGGCAGUUUAUCGAUGUUUCUGCAGAUGCUCGACAUGCCGAGGACGAGAGGGUGAACCGACGACUUGUGAUAAGAUAUAGACAUAAUGAUGCCAGAUCACGACGAAAUACGUACUUCAAAAAUGCCAAUUUACGUUAGUGCAAUUGUGGUGCGAGAAACUAUCGCCGCGAGUGCGAUUAACGUCGGCGAGGGCUUCAUCAUCGUUUCAUCAAACGUCUUCAGCUUUUGUAACAAUGAGCCGGUGCUCAAGAUAGGCCGAAGAUGCUUAUGACGAUUACGAGGUUACGAGCUCUCACGGAUUUAAGAAAAUUUUC